GUCUUUGUCGAACGUUGUCAGCUAUCGCUUCGGGAGCCACGUCGAGCGUGUUCAUGGAUUCCAUCGCGUCGUGGUGACUCUCCGUGAUAUUUUUUCGUCCCCCUCGCCCCAGCCGAAGCGUCACUUCCCACCUCCGCGGCUCCCUUCUCGUCCCGCGCGGCCAUGGGCACCGUCCUCUCCAUCUCCCCUGCCACCAAGAAGGCCAUGGACGCCGACGACGGCGCCAAGGGCGACAAGAGCCUCAAGCGGCCCUCCAUGUUCGUGUCGCUGUCGUGGAAGAAGCUGGUGGCCAGUUCGGCGAAGAAGAAGGUGACCCCCAACCCGAACCCGCCGUGCGCUCCGCAGGUGGCCCAGCGCAAUAGCGAGAACCUGCGGAAAACGCUGCAAGGCGACGAGCGCAAGCCGCGAGCCCCCAUCCCCGUGCCGGUACCCACGGUGCCCACGCAGAGCAACAAGCAAGCGGCGGUGCCCAAGCGAGGCGGCAGCCCGUCUGCGGUGUCCCCGAGGCGGAUAGUGAUCCAGGCUUCCACCGGGGAGCUGCUGCGCUGCUUGGGGGACUUCGUGUGCCGCCGUUGCUACAAGCUGAAGGAGCUGAACAGCGGCGAGGUGAUCCUGUGGUUCCGCAACAUCGACCGGACUCUGUUGCUGCAAGGCUGGCAGGACCAGGGCUUCAUCACGCCGGCCAACGUGGUCUUCGUGUACCUGCUGUGCGAGGCCACGCUCGACGAGAGCCUGGCCAGCCCGGCCGAGCUGCAGGGCGCCUUCCAGACCUGCUUGUACCUGGCCUACUCGUACAUGGGCAACGAGAUCUCGUACCCGCUCAAGCCCUUCAUGAUGGAGGCCAACAAGGACGCGUUCUGGGACACCUCGCUGGGCAUCAUCGAGCGGCUCAGCGGCAAAAUGCUGCAGCUCAACGCGGACCCGCACUUCUUCACCGAGGUCUUCCAGGAGCUCAAGAGCCAGCGGGACUGCAGCGAGCCCAACCUGGACCGCUGACGUGCAGCGUGGCCCGCGCUUGCCGAACACUAAUACGACAAAAAUAAUAAUCAGAAGAAGUCAAGAUCACUGGAGAACGGCUUUGAAUGUAAAGGCCAAUCCUAAAGGCUGGAUAUUGCUAAUAUAUCAAUGCGACGUUAGGGUCUUUAGACAGCAGGAGAAUUGACUACUCGUGCAUGCCAUCAAUGUUGUAUCGUCCUCCCUUUCU